AUGAGUAAAGGUGUUCAUAAACCACCACACCAUCACGGGUUUUCCUGUGAGAACUGCACAACGGGCAAUUUCGACUCAGACACUUCAGAGGAAGAGGGCCACAACGAAUCUGACAUAGCCACAACUUCAGCGUUAUCACUAUCAGAAUCCCAUUCACCCAUUUCAUCCCCACACCCAGAAAACUCAUCAACUCCAAAACCUAGUCGACCUGCCAAGAUGACUCCUUUUCAAGAAUCCCUUAUAAAAAAUCUCAGUCAGGCAUCAUCAUCGAUUACCCAAGCCAGAGUUGACGAAGAUGCAGAUCGUUUGUACCUACUUUCUUUACUUCCGGAUUACAAAGCGUUAUCUCCGGGGCAAAAGUGGGCAUUCCGUGAACACGUAGGAUACUUUUUCCGUCAAACUUUCGUGCCUCCAGAUCUACGCCUCCUCUGUCAUUCCAAAACUACCGAACCACUUCAACACAUUGUCCUCAAUACUCCUAUCAAGAACAUAGUUCACUACCUUUCUCUCAUAACAUAACCCAACUUCAGAAACCCCCACAGCCACCGCAAACCUAUCAAACAUCAUCUUGUAACAUAGCACAAGAAUCCACUCAAGUCACAUUCUCUCCCAGUUCGUCUUCCCAAUCACAGUAACGAUAUUACUAUAUUAAGUUGUAUUAUCAAGUAUUUUGUUCACUUUUGAUUUUUUUACAAAUAAACUCGAGUUAUGAUUAUUAUUGAUUAUUUGAUUGUAAUUUAAAACAUUAUUUAUAUAAUAUUUAAAAUAAAUAAGAAGUUAUAUAUAUGUUUGGUUACCUGAGU